CUUUUUAACCCUCAGCAUCUAGAGGUCCACCAUCACUUGAGUUUCGUCUUCCAUUCCUGUUUUUUUUCAGAGACCGGCAAAAUAAAAAAAAAGAAGAUCGUACAACUAAAAAUACCUCAAAGAAGGAAGAUACAAAAGUAGUAACCUUUGUUGGUGAUUGAUACUAUAUCUGUUGUGGGUUUUAGACAAAGACCACGUCUUUGCAGUUGUAGAUUGGAAUUUUCCGGAUCUUUCUCUAAAUCGCUUUUUCUCCGAGCAACUUUUGUUUGGGGUUAAGCUCAAAGAAUCCGUUCUUUUCAGUCUUUACUCCAUCUAGGGUACCACGAUUGGAUCGGUUUUUAUCUGAUGAUUUAGUAACAGAGAUUUUGAAGAAAAAGAAAAAUGGGAGAUACUAGUCCAAGAACAUCAGUCUCAACAGAUGGAGACACUGAUCAUAAUAACCUAAUGUUCGAUGAAGGGCAUUUGGGUAUCGGUGCUUCUGAUUCUAGUGACCGUUCAAAGAGUAAAAUGGAUCAAAAGACGCUUCGUAGGCUCGCUCAAAACCGUGAGGCUGCAAGGAAAAGCAGAUUGAGGAAGAAAGCAUAUGUUCAGCAGCUAGAGAACAGUCGAUUGAAGCUAACACAACUUGAGCAGGAGCUACAAAGAGCACGGCAACAGGGUGUCUUUAUCUCAAGCUCUGGAGACCAAGCCCAUUCUACCGCUGGAGAUGGGGCAAUGGCAUUUGAUGUAGAAUACAGACGAUGGCAGGAAGAUAAAAACAGACAGAUGAAGGAGCUGAGUUCUGCUAUAGAUUCUCACGCGACUGAUUCUGAGCUUCGGAUAAUUGUAGAUGGAGUAAUAGCUCACUAUGAGGAGCUUUACAGGAUAAAAGGCAACGCAGCUAAGAGUGAUGUCUUCCAUUUAUUAUCAGGGAUGUGGAAAACCCCAGCUGAGAGAUGUUUCUUGUGGCUCGGCGGUUUCCGUUCAUCAGAACUUCUCAAGCUUAUAGCGAGUCAGUUGGAGCCCUUGACAGAACAACAAUCGCUAGACAUAAAUAACUUGCAACAGUCUUCUCAGCAAGCAGAAGAUGCUUUGUCUCAAGGGAUGGACAACUUACAGCAAUCACUCGCUGAUACUUUAUCGAGUGGGACUCUCGGUUCAAGUUCAUCAGGGAAUGUAGCUAGCUACAUGGGUCAGAUGGCCAUGGCGAUGGGGAAGUUAGGUACCCUUGAAGGAUUUAUCCGCCAGGCUGAUAACUUAAGGCUACAAACAUAUCAACAGAUGGUGAGACUAUUAACAACCCGACAAUCGGCUCGUGCUCUCCUUGCAGUACACAAUUAUACAUUGCGGUUACGUGCUCUUAGCUCUCUAUGGCUUGCCAGACCAAGAGAGUGAACCAUGACUCUAUUAUACUUCAACGAAGGUCCAGAAAAUUUGAGAUUCUUAGCAUAAGAUUUGACGACUUUAGACACGUAGCUCGUAUACAAGAUUAUGAUUAUACUGUUUUGUGUUGUAAUGUUUGUGUGUAAUGAAUGUAUCUUGAAAUCAUAAAAGUCCCGUAACAUUUGAAAAGCAUUAGGAUACUAAAGAGAAGCAGUGACUUUGGUUUUGUACAAUAUCAUUACAAAUUAUAAACACAGUCAUUCAGUUUCUAAGCGAAUGUAAAUGAGACAUAACAAAGAAACAAUAGUGGAUGAGUUGAAAGGAGUUGUCG